AAAAAUUGAAAGACCAACCCAAGAAAACAUAGAAAGAAGUUAAUUCAGCCUUUUGACUCUUUGCAAUUUCUGAUCUUGUUCUGUCAUCUUAAGACAAUCGGCGAAUUUUGGGAGAAAACUCAACUACUUAAUCUGAAUUCAGACAGCGAAAACCUAGCCCUAAAUUUAGGGGGGAAAGCCCUUCCUUUUCUCGAAAUCAUCGAUUAUUCAUUUCGUCAUCGUUGAUAUGAAAAUCCAAAUCCAAAGAAAGGGUUUUUUGCUCCUUUUGAUUUCAGUUUUCUUGUUAUGGAGUCGGGCAGAAUCGAUUCGGUUCGAUCUGGAAUCUGGCCACACCAAAUGCAUAUCGGAGGAUAUCAAGAGCAAUUCUAUGACUGUUGGAAAAUACCAAAUUGUAAAUCCCAACGACGGACACCCUUUGCCUGACUCUCACAAAAUCACUGUUCGGGUAAUUUUCUCUGUUUAUGAAGAUUUUUUAUUUUUUAUUUUUUUGUGGAAUUUUAUCUUGUUUGUGCUGUUUCGCUUUCUUUUCUCCCCUUGGGAUCAGUUGAUGGAAAUAGAACUGAAGAAAAUGUUCGACACAGUCCAAUCCAUCCACGACGAAAUGUACUAUCUACGCGAAAGGGAGGAAGAGAUGCAGUUGCUGAAUAAAGCUACUAACUCAAAGAUGUUCUGGUUUAGUUUUCUAUCAAUUCUUGUUUGCCUAUCUGUAGCUGGACUGCAGCUAUGGCAUUUGAAGUCUUUCUUCGAGAAGAAGAAGCUUAUCUAAUGUGCUUUUUGAGUAAUUUAUUAGCAUUUCUGAGUACUGUACAAUUACUUAGAGAAGAGAUUAAAUACAUUUUUGAUUCGAUAUGGUAACAGAACUGUAAUAAAAUUCCAUUUGGUGUUA